AUGGACCAAGGUAAAUUGAAAAAAAAAGUGGAAGGAGAAAAUAACAAUAGAAUAAACAUCACAAAUGUGAAAUAUCGUAAUUGUUUUUGCCUAUUUAAUAAUUACUCAAAAUGCUACAUUAAUAUUAAGAAAAGGUACAACUUGGAAAUUUCGAAAUAUGAUAAAAUAUACGGAAAUGAAAAUAUAAAAAUUAAUGAAGAGAGAAUAACAGACGGUAAUAAAGAAAGCAGCUUAGAGUUUACAUACCCAUACAGAUAUGACAAUAAUAGAAACAUCUUUUUAAUUAUAAAUAGCAAAAAUAUAAAUUUAGGUAAUACCUGUUGUAUAUAUAACAAUGACAUUAUAUAUAUAAUAUAUAAUAAUAAAAAGUAUGAACAUGUUAAUAUACAAAAACAGAAAAGAAGAGAAAAAAAAAGAAAGGAAAAAAAUAUAUACAGUGGAAAAAAUGAUACAUAUAGUAGCCUAACAAGUUGUGUUACAAAUGAAGAAGAGGAAGAAAACCCCAUAUAUAAUAGUACCAUAUUUGAAACAAGUAAUAUGAAUUUUUGUAUAACCUCAGAAAAUAAUAAUAAAAAAAAAAAAAAAGAAGCAAAAUCUAAAAAUAAAAGAAAUUUUAUAUAUUCAGAUGAGGAUUCAGACAAUAAUUAUGAACAUAUAUUUACCCAUAUUAAUUCUGAUUUAUAUUUUUUAAGUGUCUCAAAUGAUCAUAUAGAAAACGAAAAAAAUUUCUACAUUCAAAAUGAAAAGUAUAUUAAUUAUAAUGAUAUCAUAUUUAGAAAACUUAAAUUUAAAAAAAAAUUAUUUAUGAAUUUAGAUACCUAUAACUCAUGGAUAGUCAUAAAGAAGAGUAUAUUACUUAAUGAAUACAUAUCUCGUUUAGUGAAAAACGAUUUAGUAGACAUAAACGAUGUGUUAUAUGAUGUCGCUAACACGUGUGGCAGAAUAGCCAACUGCUAUACGCGAAUUUAUAUUAAUGAUAGCUUUUUGCUAAUUAAUAAUAAAACGAAGGAAAUUUUGGGCGUUCAGAUGGUUAAAAUGAGCAAUCAUGGUAGAAGUAGUAACAAUAGUGGUGGUAAUAGUGGCAUAAAUAGUGGUGGAAAUAGUGGCAGAAAUAGUGGCAUAAAUAGUGGUGGAAAUAGUGGCAGAAAUAGUGGCGGAAAUAGUGGCAUAAAUAGUGGCGGAAAUAGUGGCGGAAAUAGUGGCAGAAAUAGUGGCGGAAAUAGUGGCAUAAAUAGUGGCGGAAAUAGUGGCGGAAAUAGUGGCAUAAAUAGCGGUUGCUAUAACAUUGGUAAUACUAAUAGUAAGGGUAGCAACAAUGUACUGCAUGGCGGAGAAACUAACCCAUCUAGGAACGACGACCCAUUUUUCUUUGCAUGUACAGGCAAUGAAGAAUCGAAUUGCUACAAAUUGGUGCUAAUUAAAAAAAUGAACGUAAAAUAUUUGUUCAAUAGUGACACAGAUAUUAACAUUACUUUUAGCUUUCAUGAUGUAUGCUUAACCAGUUACAACAGUUUAGAUCAAAAUAAUUCUUAUCUGUUAAUUAAUAAUUAUACAAUACAUAGAGACAGCAAGAUUUUACUAAAUUUUGCAUUCAAUAAAAACAAUACAGGAAAUUACAUAAAUAAUAAUUAUAGUGAGAAUGUAAAGGAGAAUAAAUGGUUAGAUCCAAUUUUAAUGAAAAACGAAGAUUAUAUAUACUUUAACAAUUAUAUAACACACAAAAUUAUUGAGAAUUAUGUUAGCUAUAGUUCGUACAUAAAGGAAUGUCUACUUAUUAUUGACAUCUUAUAUAUUUUAAAUAACAGCUAUGGAAAUAUAAUAUAUAUUAAAGAGUAUUAUAAAUAUGAUCAUGAAAAUUACUACUCAAGUGUGUGCAACAUUUUAAAGAAAAAUAAAAAUUAUCAGGAAAUAAAAACUAAUAGUAAGGACAAUACUUCGAUCUGUUCUUUGUCCUCUUACAGCGAAAAUGAAGACGAAACCAUGUCGACCACCACCAACUCGAAGUUCGACUCGUCCGUCGCUUCCGACGAGUGUACCCAAGACAGUAGCAAUAGUAACAAUCUAAAUAAUGAUGGCGACAACCGAAACAAGCAAAACAACCGAAACAACCGGAACAACCGGAAAAGCUGCAAUAAGAAUGGUUACCACUGUAGUAGUGCCAAUCUAACGGACAGUGAAAAGCAGCUUCUGAACGAAUUGAACGACGACUUGAUAUACCUGAUGCCAAAGUACAAACUUGUAUUUCACCCUCAUAUAUUUAAUACAAAGGAGAGCAAUAACAGCAAUAUAGAAAUUGUGAAAGAUAUUUUAAAACUAGGCAUAUAUAUAAGAAGAAUUCAAAAAUUUGUGGAUAUUAACAAAAGGGGGCAGUCUUGCAAUUUUACAUUCGACAUAUUCUGUUGUUGUUUGUACAAUAUAAGCUUACAUAUAUUAAAUCAUAUAAAUAGAAUUGAAGAGAAUAUUCGAAAUAUAUUUAAUUUUACAAAAAUUAAUAUGAAUGAUAAUAAAAAUGACUUGUCUUUAUGUCUCUUUGAUGAAAAUAGGUUAUCUACUUGUACAGACCCUGAGGAAAAAAAAAUAUUCUUUAGUAUCAAUAAUUUAUUUCAUAAAAAUGUACAAGAUUUUAAUCUCUUUUUUAAUAUUAAUAUUGAAAAAGCAGAUGAUAUUUCUUUGUACAAGAUAAAAAUUAGUAUUUUGCCUCUACUCCAAAUAGCUAAACUGUUAAAUAAAAUUAUUAACAAAAUUAUAAGUAAGAAAAAAAUUAAUAAUUCGAAAUAUUUGAUUGAUCUUAUUUAUAAAUUACAAGAAUAUUUAAAUUCAGAUGAUAUUAAUAAAACAGUUCUUUUAUAUUUGCUGAAAAAUAUAACUACACCUUUGUUUGAUUUUAUUAAAAAUUAUAUCUUUUAUGGAAAAGUAAAGGAUACAUACAAAGAAUUCUUUAUACAUGAAAAUAAACAUAUUACUCCUUAUUAUAAGCAAAAUAAUAAAUUCUAUUAUAAUAAUAUUUACAAAUAUAUUUUUAAAAAAUAUUUUGACUUAUCGACAAAUUAUUGGGGAGCCAAAUAUAUUAUAUUAAAUAACAAAGUUCCAAUUUUUUUAAAAAAUAUAUCUAAUCAUAUUUUUAUAACUGGGAAGUAUAUAGAUGUCCUUUUUACAUGUUCCAAAUUUUUGAAUCUACAAAAUAGUCAGUUUUCUUACCUCCAUCAAAAUUCAUUUAAAAACUACUACAAUUCUGUUGAUAUGGGUGUGCAUAAUUCGUCAUUAAUUCUCAAAGAUAAAGGAAAUAACACAUACGAAGGAACCGACAGUAUACAUUACAAUAAUAAUCAAGAUCAAAACUACCAAAUGCUAAAUGGUAUUACCAAGAGGAAUAAUAACUAUUACUAUAAUAAAGGGAGAAACAAAAUGGAAGAAUACGAAUACUAUAAUCAUAUGAACAUUCAGAACAGCAAAACCUGUUAUUUAAUUUUUGACAAUAAUAAAAAAAUUUAUGAAGACUUAAUUCAUAAUCAACACCUUUUUGCAUCAAAAAAAAUGUUCGAAUUGUAUAUAAAAAAAAUUGAUAUAAAGGAAAAAAUAAAACAUCAUUAUUUUUUUUUCUUUUUACAAAUUAGCGAUUAUCUUAAAUACUUCUACAUAUUAGCCCAUGAACAUCUGGAGAAAUUAUAUAACAAUAAAAAAAAUAAUAUCUUCAAUAAAUUAAAAAACUAUUUUGAUAUAUCGAUCAGAUCAUCCGUGUUAUAUAAUUUAAAAUAUAGAAAGGAUUAUAAUGUAGAUGUAUCUGACAUUUUAAGUAUUAUAGAUAACGUCAAUCUUAUUAUAGACUUGAAACAUUUUCAUGUAAACAAUGGACAAUUUAGUUUUAACAAAAGGAUAGGACCAUAUGGACAGGAACAGAAACAUGCAUAUGAGUUGGAGGGAACAGAGCACAAUGUAGAUGCUUACUUUGGGUGGAACCACUCGGAAGAAAAAUCCAACGGGUAUACUGAUGAAAGUGAUAGUACUGAUAAUCAAGAUAUCCGCAAAAAGCAAAACUACAGCGACGAUGAGGCGAAUAGACAGAAAUACUUAAACAAUAAAAAUGAUAGCAAGUAUGGAAGCGAGUUAGACAGUAAACAUGGUAUUCAGUAUAACAGCGAGUAUGACAGUGAACACGAUAACAAGCAGGACAAGGAAUCCAAAAAACGGACGGUAAAAAACAAAAAGAUGAGAAAUUACUCCAAGUCACAUGAAAUGAAAAAAAGACAAACAGAAAAGGGAAAAGGUAGAGGAACAAGAAAAAAAUCAUUUAGUAAUAACUUAAAAAAUAAUAUGCUAAAUAAUAUACAUAAUAAUUUAAAAGUGAAUAUCAAUGUAGAGAUUUAUAAAGGGUUAAUAUUAUCUUAUCAUAAUAUGUUUCCAUACAAUUUAAUAUUUAAUAAUAUAACAAUUUUUAAAUAUACAUUAAUAUUCCGAAUAUUAAAUUAUUGUAAAUAUAUUGAACAUAAGUUAACAGAAGUGUGGCUUAAUCAUAUGUUUGUUAAAAAUAUAGAAAUAAAUGAAGAAUGCAAAAAUAAUUUAAUGAUAUGUAUACAUACAAGAGAAUGUAUGAUACAUUUUUUGAAAUGUUAUUUAUAUCAUAUACAAAAUGAUGUUAUUAAAUCAGAAUAUAAUUACAUGAACAGCAAGCUAAAAGAAACUUUAAUUUUUGAUGAUAUUAUAUAUAUUCAUAAUAAUUAUUUAAAUAAUAUUCUUAAAUAUUCAUUUAUUAUGAAUCAAAGUAUUAUUAAUUGUGUCUUAAAAUUAAUAUCAAUUGCUCAUAUAUUUACUAGGCAUAUAUUAAAAUUUAGUUUUUGUAAAAAUGAACAAAUAGAAAAUUUAUCAUCUCAUGACAAUUUGAAAUCUGCAACUUUUGAUAGAAAUGUAGCUAGUAAAAAAAAAAACAAUAAAAGUAAUUAUCACAAAAAAUUUAUACAAGAAUUGCUAAGAGAUAAAGCAUAUAUAUCUAUGAUUCAUAAUACUAUUAAACAUUAUGACAAGCAUUUUAAAAAUUUCUUUCUCCUCCUAACAGAAUAUGUAAAUAAUAACAUUGAUGAUUAUGCUCAUAAUUUUUUAAUUAAAUUAGACUAUAAUUUUUAUUAUACCAACAAGUACAAAAUUGAUUUUGAAGACCCUUCUCAUAAUGAAGCAGAUCCACAGUACAGAAACGAAAGCAAUUCUAGCUAUACAGUCAAUUAUAAUGUCAAUACUUUAGAGGCAAAUGAACUUAACAUCAAUAGGAAAAAGAACCUCAUAACAACCCCCAGUGGUAUGAACAGUGGUGCUCACAGUGGCAUAGUGAAUCCUCGCAACUACCACAUAGAACCAAAUGAACCCCUCGAGUAUACAGAUAAGUUCAACGAUGCAAAUAACCAACCAAAUAACAGUCAUGCAAAUUAUAAUACGCAAAGUUAUGCAAAUCCAAGGGGAAAUAAUGCUACCAUAUUGAGCGAUAUAAAAAAUAUAAGUAAUGCAGGUGGUUUCAGCCAAAAUGUUAAUUAUAAAAACUCGAAUGAAUCGAAUUUUUCUUAUUAUGCAAAUUCUACAACUAAUUCUAAUAAUUUCAUAAACGGUAUACCAAACAGUAUACCAAACAAUAACAACAUUACAUACAGUCCAAUAUCUUUACAGAGAAAUAAUUAUACUAGAUCACCUUUAAAUGACACAGAUAAUUCUCUGAACAAUAAUAAUUUUGUUACUUUUCAUCAGAAUAAUAAUUCAAAUGUACUAUUCAACAAUAAUAAUAAUGAACAUGAACAGGAUAUAAAUAACUAUAACAAUAAGCUAAGUAACAUUCCUAAUAAUAACAUGAGUUACAGUAAAUUAAAAAAAUAUAGCAUAAAUAAUAAUAAUGAAAAUAUAAACAAUAUCAAUAUAAGCAAUAUUGACAUAAACAGCAUCGAUAACAGUAUAUAUAACAGCAAAUUUAACCACUAA